CCCCGAGAUCCGUUGCCUAGGUUACAUCUCCAGCUGCCACCUGAAGCGAAGCAUCACAGCAUCCUUCUCACGAACUACAACAACUCACACGUCAACGCCUUUUCAAAAUCACACAAAAGGCAUCUCACGAAACAAAAAAGAAAUAUAUAUAACUGAAAAGAGAGCGCAUAUAUUAAGACCCGGGCGCGAGGGAGCGCGCGUGCGCGCACCGACCCUCCUCGUUGUGAUUGUCAGUGAAGAGAGGCGGGCUCAUAUGGAGGGCCGCCGUUCAGCUCUGCAGCGACUGCAGCGUCUCCCGCUGCCUGCUCUUCCUCCGCGCGCGUCUCCGUGAGCGCUGUGAUGUGAAUAUUAAUGAUGCUGCGCGAAUCUCCGCGCUCAUUUUCACCUAUCUGAGAGCUGUUUACAGACACAACUUUUCAAGAGCAGCAUGGCAGAAGCCCCUGUUGAAGAGGACACACCAAAAGAGCAGGAGAGUGUCACCCCACACGCCAGUGAUCCCCUGCCAGGGCCUGGAGCUGCUCUGUGGGGUAGAAUAUUGAAAGCAAGUGUCACGGCUGGUGCUUUCCUUCUGCUGUACUCGCUGUCUCAACUCACAGGUUUGUGGGUUCAUUACAUGCUGAAUGGAUACAGGGCUUUUCCAGCCGCACACAAAGUUUUGGACCUUCUACAGUACCUUCUCUCCACCAGUGAUGCCUCUGACCAACAGAUGGAGAUUUGGAGGGUAGAGAGUUUUUUGCCCCUCAUAGCCACACUCUUCUUAGGUGUAGUCAUCCUCGUUACUGGAACACUGUUCUGCAUUAAAACCCUGGUGCCUGGAAACCCAAUUUGCUUUCCUGAUGAUCGCCGUCAGUCCAUGAGCAGGCAACCCUCCUUUACAUAUUCAGAAUGGACGGAUACCAAACAGGAUGAUUUUUAUGAACUGGAUGCUGUUCCUGAGACACCCAUGUUCGAUUGUUUUAUGGACAUAAAGACUGAAGCUGAUCCUGUUACGCUCACUGUUAAGUCUGUGGGCUUACAGGAAAGGAGAGGUUCAAACGUGUCGCUGACUCUGGACAUGUGUACCCCUGGCACUACAGAGCCGUAUGGAGCCCUGUUGUCCCCCAGAGAUCAGAGCACACAGGAAUACCUGCAGAAUGCAUCCAACCUGCUUACACCUGAACAGCUGCAUAAACGCGCUCUAGACGAUGCUGUACUGCAGGCUGAGUUUUACGAAACACCCAUGAACUUUGUGGACCCCAAGGAAUAUAACAUACCUGGAGUGGUUAGAAAGAAUCGCUAUAAAACCAUACUACCAAACACACAUAGCAGAGUUUGCUUAAAAACAAAAGAGGAGGGGGAUUUUCUAAGCACCUACGUUAACGCUAAUUAUUUGAAGGGCUAUGGAGGGAAAGAGAAGUCGUACAUCGCUACACAGGGUCCCACUGUAAACACAGUGGGGGAUUUCUGGAGCAUGGUUUGGCAGGAGCACUGUCCCAUUAUCGUCAUGAUCACCAACAUCGAAGAGAAAAAUGAGAAAUGCACAGAAUACUGGCCAGAGGACAGUGUAGUCUGUGAGGGUAUCGAGAUCACUGUCAAACAGGUCAUCCAAGCAGAUGACUACAGUUUAAGGAUUUUCACUGUGAAGAGUGAGGGUGAGGAGCGCACUAUCAGACAGUACUGGUACACGUCCUGGCCAGAUCAAAAAACUCCAGAUAAAGCCCCGCCUCUGCUGGAAUUGGUUCAGGAAGUGGAGGAAGCAAGAAAACAGUCUCCGCCCACCAGUGGCCCUGUCAUUGUCCACUGCAGUGCAGGGAUUGGACGCACCGGCUGUUUCAUUGCUACCUCCAUCUUGUGCCAGCAGCUAAGAAAUGAAGGGGUGGUUGAUAUCCUCAAGACCACUAGCCAGCUACGCUUGGACAGAGGUGGGAUGAUUCAGACAGCGGAGCAGUAUCAGUUUGUUCAUCAUGUACUCAGCCUGUAUGAAAGACAGCUUCAGAAGACCUCAGAAGAGUAGAGCCUCCAUGAGUGCACAACCUUCACACCCCUCCUUAUCUGAAGAUAUGAGGCAGGGACUGACGUCCAGCAGAUCUCAUGUUUUUAUAUACAACAGUAGUGUAGGUUGAAUAGGCCCGAUAUUAGAUACUACAUUACCCACAAUUCCUUUCCCCCUGUUUGCUUAGUCCCAUGCCUGAUCCAGACACCAGUCAGUUAUUAAAUAUACUUGAUUGAUUAGUUCUAUUUUGUUUAUUUGUCGUAACCCCAUGACAUACACAAGUAAUGCCCUAACAACAGGUCAGUAGAUCAUUAAUGCGCAAACGCAACAAUGUUUGUAUGUGUGUAACCUUCAUAGGCAGCGACAUUGUGUGAACACAAUAACAAGCAGACACAAAGGCCUCCAUCUGUUUGAGAUAAUGUAACAUUAGGUUCAGUGACCUCUUCGAUUUCUGAGCCUAAAUGACAGCAAUUUUUCUUUUACUGCGUUUUUACAGGAUUUAUAACGUAAUGUAACUUUAAGAUUUGUUGUGAAGUGUGUGUGUGUGUGCGUGCGUGCGUGCGUGCGUGCGUGCGUGUGUGUGUGUGCGCGUGCGUGCGUGCAUGCGUGUGUGUACAAAUGGUCAUAUGUUGAACAAUUCGCAAUCUGUCAGUGUGUAUGUGUGCGUGUCUACUGGAGCCACAUUGAGAAUAGGAAGGGAGAGAAAAUGUUUACUAUAUGUGCUAUGAUGAUUAUCAGACUUUAACUCCGGAUGUGCGGUUGGUCUCUAGGGAGAGGUUAGCCUACCACAUGUAAUACAAAAUGGCCUUAAUAUGUGUUUUUCUGUCAUAUCUAGGGUUGUUUUGAGAUGUUGUUGAGCAAUUCUAAAGGCAGUGUGGUGUUGCAGCCUGUCAUAGUCUCAUUAGAUACAAUUAGAAGUGAGACUGAUACCUUUUGCCUUCUUGGUUUGCGUGUUGUUGGAUGCUACAACCUGAAAAGUUUUAGUUGGACUCUAAAAAGCAUUGAUGCUGCACCUCAAGGUUUUAUGUAUCGAAAUGCCGAAACACUGUUUCCAACUAAUUUGUAAAUCAUAGCGUGUAUCAAGCAGAAAUCACGACAGUGGGACGUAUAUAGUUGUGCUAUUUUUGCCCUGGACGUCCAGGUUACUGUGACUCAUUAUUACCUUUAUUUUAUUUGCUUGUUUUGCUCUGGAUACAUUAAUAUUGUUUAUAUGUGGGUCUGCGUAUCUGAUUAGUUGAAAUGUAUAAUCAGUAUUUGCCCAAGUUGGCAGCUCGUACAGCUUUGCUGAGACUUGCAGUUUGCAUGAGCAAGUACAUUUUGAAGUUCUAUUUAAUGAUGAUCAAGACGAUUUCGAAAUAAGCAGAUGUCUGUGUGAUCAUGUGAUCAUGAGCUUGUGAUAUGGCGGAGUCUCUGCUGAUGGAAUGACCAUCUUCAAUCAAUGACCUCAUAUGAUCCAGAUGGAAGCACAACACUGGAAUUCUAAUGCAAGUAAACUUUCGACUUUCUCAAACAGUACAGCUGUUACUCUGAUGGUCUCCGGUUGUCAUGUGUUCCUAACAAGAUGUUUCAUCCAGGCAGCACUGACCUGAAAGUAGGGUCUUCUUCAGAAAACACCUUCUUGUUACACCAGAGAUUCUACUAAAGUUGCUUGUUCAAGGCCUCAAGAUAGUGACUAAAAUGGACUUUCAUGCUUUAAUUGCUGCUGUUAUAAUAGUCUUUUUAUUAGGCUAUAGCAGAACUGCUUUUGUGUUUAGUUGGUACUGAGUGAUUGAAUUUUUUUGUUUAAUUAACUGACAUAUUACUCUUAUUUAUUGAAAGAGUUUUGUCUCUAUGUUUUCGUGCUGUUAUUAUACUGCCAAAGACUGUAGUGGUCCAUACUGCAAAACACACACACACACACACGCACACACACACACACACACACACACACACACACACACACACACACACACACAGAAGAGAUCCUAAUUCUACAUUUCAAACCGUAGCGAGACCAACAUGUGGCAUUGUAUACAUGUAUGAAACCAGCAUUUAUAUUUUUAUCCUGUUUUAAAGCGAAGAAUCUGGAUUCCCACAGUAAAAACUGUCUGCUCUUUUACUCAUAUUUGUAUUGAUCAAUACUAUUUUGUAAACAAUUUAAUAAGAAGGAAAAUGUCCCAUAUGUAUCUAAUGAGAACUAAUGUGAAGAAAUGAUCAACUAGGGUCAAGCUAAAGGAGGAAACAGAUUUCGAUUUAAUAUGAUCUGUUUACUCCUUUAAGGGACCGUAUAGUAGAUACAAGCAACACUGACAGCAUCUGUGGCAUACUACUGCAUUUUAGGGCUAGGCAAUAAACUAGGUAAAAAUUCAGAUAAAAACUAAUUGAUAUAAAUACUUUAAGUAUUGAAGAUGCAGGUCUUACAUUUUGGCUUUUAAACACUGGGCUGCUUUACUUUAAUUCAUACGUAGUGUGAUUUGUAAAUGGGACUUUUCUAUACAAAAUAAAUAAAGUUCUUUAGUAUUCAACAUAAUGCUACCAAUGCUGUCAACAGUGCUUGAGCGAUACUAAAUCCAGAACCUUUCUUGACGGAAUCAUUUUAAUAUUUUAAAUAAUAUCUCUGCAUCUGUUACAUGCUGUUUGUCACCCUUAUGCUCCUUCGACUGGUUUUGCACCUUGUCUAUCAGGACAACCUUGCUGAAAAAAAAACAUUUUCAGUCACCAAACUUGUCUGUUUCAGAACUAUACUGUUUUAUGUCAGUAGUCAUUAAGAGAAUUUAUUCACAACAGAGAGUUCUAUUCAAAACACAUAUUGGAUUAGUAUUGACAGGGUGACCUGAUGAUCUUAUCAUCCGUGAUAAGGUCAUUUUAUUGGAUGUAUAAAUGUGUUCUUUGGAUAAAAUGUUAAAUCUUUCAUGCAGUAGUUCAUCAGGGUCAAAUAAAACUAUUUCAGCUAAAUCAGUCCUGUGUCAGCUGAAGAACAGAUUUAUUUAGAGAAUCAAAUCCAGUUUGAAUCAGUUUUGUGGUUCAUACUGUAUAGGCUUGUAGAGCAGGGCCUAUGUCGCAGUUUAGGGGCUUGCAGUUUCAUACCCCUCCCUGAGCUCACUGCCCACUCACUCUCAGUUAGACCCCACUUCCUACUGAACACUCCAUCUGUCGGGCCGUCUGUGUUGCCAGAGAAGAGUAACAGACACAUAGGCACCAGCAAAUAAGUAUAUCAUUAUAUCAUACAAAUACAUACACGCAAAUUAGAUCUCGGGCCAACCCAGCUUGGAUUAUAUUAACAUAACAGUAAUUUUGAUCGAUUUUAAAGGGAAUCUGCAGUAUGCUCUUUUAUGUUGAAAUUGAUUUUAAUUGAAUCAUCAUGAACUACUCACUACCAGCAUAGUAUGUCUUUAUGCACUAUUGUACAAAGCUAAAACAAGCACAAAGAUGAAAUACUGAUUUUUGAAUGUGAAUGCAGGGGCCUGUGCCUCCGCUGUCUUAAUCUCUGAAAUAUUUCAUUGUCACCUGAGUAUUUUACCUUUUUGCUUCUUCAUUUCACCCGAAACGUUUUCAAGGUUUUGUUUAGAAACCAUGUGUUGAUCAGUGUUUUAAUAUUUUAUGCUUAUUUAUUGUCCUGUGAUUUUGGUUCAGAUGGUCGGCACUGAUCCCUCAGUCUGAAGAAAAAGAAGAAAAAAUUGUGUUUUUGUUUAUUUUAUUCCUGUUCUAUAGUGAAAUAGAUGUAGUUUGGAAAAUACAAUUUGCCUCAUUGCUUUCGCAUUGUUCCUCUGCUGUUGAAAUCCAAAUAGAAUGUAACAUGAAUAAGUUUACAAUAUCAUGGCUUGUAUUAUUGGUAUUUGCUUUAAUUUUUAAAUAAAAUACCAUUCUGUCAAUCAGCACUAUUAGGUGAUUAGAGUUUGA